AUGUCGAGCUCGCGAUAUCUUCUUAGCACGGGAUGGACCUUCAAGCAGAAGGAUGAGUCCGAAGACGCCUGGCUUCCCGUGCAGAAGAUUCCCAGCCAGGUGCACAUGGACCUUCUAGCCAACAAGAAAAUUCCCGAUCCAUUCUUAGACCUAAAUGAGCUCGCUGUAAGAUGGGUCGGCGAGAAAGACUGGGUGUACCGGACGAGCUUCACGGCGCCGCCCGGUGACGCCUCCGGGAGCGUGGUCGCCACCACCGACCUCGUCUUCGAAGGCCUUGACACAUUCGCCACGGUCACGCUAAAUGGCACUGAGAUCCUCAAGGCCGACAACAUGUUCCUGUCGCAUCGGGUCAAUGUGACCGGCCUCAUCCGGCGAGAUGCGGAGAACCUGCUGGAGAUUGUCUUCGACUCCGCUCUGCUGCGGGGUCGCGAACUGAUGAAGGAGCAUGCCCACGAGCACGAUUUCCUCGUCCGGCAGACUGAAGCUAGCCGCAUCCCCGUGCGCAAGUCGCAGUACAAUUGGGGAUGGGACUGGGGCCCGAUCCUGAUGACAGCGGGGCCCUGGCGUCCGGUGUAUUUGGAGCAGUACGUCGCCAGAGUUGCAGAUGUUUGGGCACAGAAUGAAGUCAGCGCAGACCUGAAGACGUGCGCCGGCUUUUUGAAGGUGAAGACGAAUGGAGCUAGUUCCGAGACUGAUAGAGUUGUUGUGACGCUCUCAAAGGACGGUAAGACCGUGUUCGAGACAGAGUGCAGCAUCGACAUAGACGGCCAUGCGGCCGUCGAAUUUGAGAUUGCGUACCCAGAGCUUUGGUACCCAUUUGGUUACGGAGAGCAGGCUCGCUAUCGUCUGGAGGCGAAACUCGUUCGAGACGGCAACAUUCAACUAGACUCUCUGUCUCGGCUGGUUGGCUUGCGACGGACGGAGCUGGUGCAGGAAAAGGACGCACAUGGAAAGUCCUUCUACUUCCGCAUUAACAACGUCGAUAUCUUCGCUGGCGGAUCCUGUUGGAUCCCAACAGACAGCUACCUCGCCCAGAUUUCGGCUGACCGGUACCACGACUGGAUGAAGUUGAUGGUUGAGGGCAACCAGAUUAUGAUUCGAAUAUGGGGAGGCGGUAUUUACGAAGACGACGCCUUUUUCGAUGCUUGCGAUGAACUGGGCGUCCUAGUUUGGCAUGAUUUCCAAUUCGCCUGCGCCAGUUAUCCCGGUUAUCCGUCUUUCGUCAAGUCGGUUGAGCUCGAAGCACGACAAAAUCUGCAGCGUCUUAGAUGGCAUCCCUCCAUCGUCAUCUGGGCCGGCAAUAACGAGGAUUAUCAAGUGCAGGAGAGAUACAAACUGGAUUACGACUUCGACAAUAAGGACGCAGAUUCCUGGCUCAAGUCCAGCUUCCCGGCUAGGUACCUUUACGAGCACUUAUUGCCGAAGGUGGUGAAGGAGGAGGAGCCGUUCAUGAUCUACCAUCCCAGCAGUCCUUGGGGUGAUGGAAAGCUCACCGCAGAUCCCACUGUCGGCGACAUUCAUCAAUGGAAUAUUUGGCACGGAACAAUGCAUAAAUAUCAAGAAGCCCACCUCCUUAGCGGUCGCUUCGUCAGCGAGUUCGGCACCGAGGCGUACCCUCACCUCCAGACGCUCCAGAGAGCAAUUACAGAGCCAUCACAGCUGUAUCCUGGGUCCAUGGUGAUGGACUUUCACAACAAGGCUAUUGGGCACGAGCGCCGUUUGAUGAGUUACGUCGCAGAGAACUUCCAAGUCAAGUAUGACUUGCCGUCCUUCACCCACCUGACGCAGAUAAUGCAAGCCGAAACCAUGCGGUAUGUCUACAAGGCGUGGAGGCGCGAGUGGGGACAGCCGGGCGCUCGCAAGUGUGGCGGCGUGCUGGUCUGGCAGCUCAAUGACUGCUGGCCGACGAUAUCCUGGGCUGUGGUUGAUUAUUAUCUGAUUAAAAAGCCUGCUUUCUAUGCCAUAGCGCGAGCGAUGCGGCCAAUAGACGUAACUGUAUCAAGGAACAUGUUCAACUGGACGCAGGCUCCUAUGGAUGCACACUCGAAGCUGGAGGCUGCCCAUCUGGAUCCAACAACGCUUGCUAAAGAGGGCAAGUUCGAUGUGUGGAUUUCAAGUAGCCGGGCUGAGAGGCUCAAUGGUGAGCUGACCGUGCGGUUCAUAUCGAUCAUAUCGGGAGAAGAAGUGUCAGCAGCCAUCACAAGAUCCGUUGUCAUUGAUGCAAAUGCCACAACAGAGGCCAUACAGGGUGAAUCGGCCCCGGCCGCUGGUGUGCAGUCCGCAGAGGCUUCGAGGGGAUUCGACUUGGCGGGGUACAACCCUUAUGUCAUCUUUGUCACCUUGACUGUAGAUGGUAACAUUGUGUCAACGGACUCAGCUUGGCCACAGCCCUUGAAGUACCUCAAUUUCCCUGAUCGGGAGAUCUCUUUCAACAAAGCUUCCUCAAGAGACCAGGUGGUUGUGUCUGCAAAGAAACCCGUCAAAGGUUUCGUAUUUGAAGAGACACAAGGUAUGAAACUGAGCGAUAAUGGGUUUGACAUCAUGCCUGGAGAGAAGCAUGUCAUUGAUAUCAAAGGGGGUAUUACUGCUGAUCAACUACGAUGGACAUAUAUUGGGGCCCCUUCGGGAUCAUUAGAAAUAGCCUAG